ACCCACCCAAUUAUGUCACGCUGAAUCCGUGGUCAGAAAGGAAAGAAACAUGGCCGCUGUUUUAAGGGGGUCUCGGAACCUAUGGGGAAGGAGCCUCAAACAUGUAGACUUUACUUUGGUCUCCAGCAGGUCCAUGGCCUCUAAGACCCAGGUGGGUUUCAUCGGCCUGGGGAACAUGGGAAAACCCAUGGCCAAGAACCUACUGAAGCACGGAUACCCCGUCAUCGCCACUGACGUCUUCCCUGAGUCCUGCAAAGAACUGCAAGAGUUGGGUGCCCAGAUUGUGGAUAACCCUGCGGAGGUGGCAGACCAGGCAGACCGCGUCGUCACCAUGCUGCCCUCCAGUCCCAACGUCAUCGAGGUUUACACUGGGCCCAACGGUAUCCUCAAGAAGGUUAAGAAAGGCUCGCUACUCAUCGACUCCAGCACCAUCGACCCAGCCGUUUCCAAGGAGAUGGCUGUGGCCGCAGAGAAGAUGGGGGCAGUUUUUAUGGACGCACCUGUGUCAGGAGGUGUGGGGGCUGCCAGCUCGGGGAAGCUGACCUUCAUGGUGGGGGGAGUAGAGGAGGAGUUCACUGCAGCCCAGGAGCUGCUCACCUGUAUGGGAGCCAACGUGGUGUACUGUGGGGCUGUCGGCACUGGACAGGCAGCCAAAAUCUGCAACAAUAUGCUGCUGGCGAUAGGCAUGAUCGGGACCUCUGAGACCAUGAACCUUGGCAUCAGACUAGGUCUGGACCCUAAGCUACUGGCUAAGAUCCUGAACAUGAGUUCAGGCCGCUGCUGGUCCAGUGACACCUACAACCCUGUACCUGGUGUCAUGGAGGGAGUCCCCUCUGGAAACAACUACCAGGGAGGCUUCGGGACCCAACUCAUGGCCAAGGACCUGGGGCUAGCCCAGACUACAGCCACCAACACCAAGACCCCUGUCCCUCUGGGCUCCCUGGCCCACCAGAUAUACCGCAUGAUGUGUGCUCGGGGCUACGCCAGCAAAGACUUCUCCUCUGUCUUCCAGUUCCUGCGGGAGGAUGAGGAGGAGGAGGAGGGCCAAUAGGGGUGGGGGAACAGUACCCCCCCCCCCCCCCCCCUCUCCCCAGGACUUGUCAAGACGUGUGUAUUGGGUCACAGCCAAGAGAGCGCAGCCAGCCGUGAUGACGUGACAGAUCAUCUCAGCAGAGUACUAGACUACACUGUGUCUGUAAGAUGGGAGUCAUGUUGCCUCUGUGAUCCUGCCUUUUGUUAAAGUAGCUUUCUAAUAAUGUUUUCGAUGGCUUUGGUUAGAAGACUGUGGAUGUGUUGAGGUGUGGGGAGGCUCUCAAGUCACUGUCACUCAGUAGGCUGACUAACCACUACAGCUAUCACCAUGACGAUAUCAGUGCUACCUUAACACGCGUCGUCAUGGAAAGCAGACCCAGGCGUUGUCAAGGAAAUUACCCGCAUUAUACUCGUUAACGACCACACUCGUCAACAAUAGACCACUGGGACUUCAGAUGAUUGUUAGUUCUAGUCGCCACUCGCCUCACGGCAACGUCACACGUGUUGAUCCUGUUCAUUGAUUUGUUUUUCUCUUCCUGUUGGGUUUAUUUACUCUUGACAUGGGGAGGGAUAGAAUGUUCCUGUCUUAUUUGUAUGUGUUUUACUGUUUAAUAAAAGGAGAGACUAUA